AAUUCCCUUGGGAGUACGGAGUGUUAUCUCUGAACAUCUGUCACCUGCAGAGCAGACAAUUAAACAUCAGCUGUUUCUCAGGUCCUUAAGGAAACAGCAUGUCCUCCCGGCCAAUCAGAAUCAUCUCAUCUAACCCAGGACAAGUGGGCAGCUACAAUGGGAUGGAUCUCCACAGCUCCAACUCCACAGAGUGUGUAGAGUGUGACAUGGGCUCCACCGUGGAUCUCAUCUGCAGCUGCUCUCAUGCAGACCCCAACAGACUCGGCUCUACAUCCCACGAUGCCUGGGAAGGAGGAAGACCUCCAAAAGUACAAGUGCUUCCUAAUGCUCCCACUGGAGAAAAGGAAAAAAUGAAAUCGCUCUUCAUCAGUGUGAUGAAAAUUCCAGCGCUCUUCUUCCUCCUGUAUUGCUUCGUCUGCUCCCUGGACACAUUGAGCUCUGCAUUUCAGCUGGCUGGGGGUAAGGUGGCGGGAGAUAUCUUCCAAGACAAUGCGAUUCUCUCUAAUCCAGUGGCUGGGCUGGUGGUUGGAAUUCUGGUCACUGUGCUCGUUCAGAGCUCCAGCACCUCCACAUCCAUCAUCGUCAGCCUGGUCUCUUCCGGACUGUUGGAGGUGAAGUCUGCUGUUCCUAUAAUCAUGGGUUCAAACAUUGGCACUUCUGUUACCAACACCAUUGUGGCUCUGAUGCAGGCCGGAGAGAGGAACGAAUUUAAACGAGCAUUUGCUGGAGCUACCAUUCAUGACUGCUUUAACUGGUUAUCUGUGUUGGUACUUUUGCCACUGGAGGUGGCCACUGGGCUGCUGAGCUUUCUGGCCCGGACUGUGGUCGGCAGCUUCCAUCUGCAGAGCGGAGAGGAAGCACCAGAGCUGCUGAAGGUCAUUACUGAGCCUGUUACCAAACUCAUCAUACAGCUGGAUAAAUCCGUGAUAACAGGCCUCGCUUUGGGAGACGAGCGGAUGAGGAACCGCAGCCUGGUGAAAGUGUGGUGCGGAAGCAGUGGCCUCAUGCCAUCUGUGAAUGAUUCUCAGAAUUGCUCCUCUGGGUUUGAUUGCUGGAAGGACGCUGACCACAGCAGUGCAGAGAGAUGCUGGCAUCUGUUUGCGAACACACACAUGUCAGACCUGACUGUGGGGUUAAUUCUGCUGGGUGUGUCUCUGCUGGUGCUGUGCUCCUGUCUGAUCCUCAUCGUCAAAGUCCUCAACUCGGUCCUCAAAGGACAAGUGGCCAAAGUCAUUCAGCUCAUCAUUAACACAGAUUUCCCCUACCCGUUCAGCUGGCUGGCAGGAUAUCUAGCCAUGUUCAUCGGAGCAGGAAUGACGUUCUUAGUUCAGAGCAGUUCCGUCUUCACCUCUGCCAUGACGCCACUUAUUGGGCUUGGAGUGAUCACACUGGAGAGGGCAUACCCUUUAACACUGGGCUCCAACAUCGGAACAACCACCACAGCCAUCCUUGCCGCUCUGGCCAGUCCAGGAGACAAGCUGCCCUCUGCCUGCCAGAUCGCUCUCUGCCACUUCUUCUUCAACGCGUUUGGGAUUUUGCUGUGGUAUCCGCUGCCGUUGACAAGAUUACCCAUUCGCAUGGCCAGGGCGCUGGGCGAGCGGACGGCCAAGUACCGCUGGUUCGCCGUGCUCUACCUGCUGCUGUGCUUCCUGUUGCUUCCAUCGCUCGUCUUCGGCCUGUCUCUCGCCGGCUGGCAGGCCAUGGUGGGCGUGGGGGCACCUUUCGCCGGGGUUGCAACCUUCAUCAUCCUAGUGAACCUCCUGCAGACCCACAGCCCUCGCCACCUGCCCAGAAAACUGCGCAACUGGGACUUCCUGCCCACAUGGAUGCACUCCCUCAAACCUAUGGACAAGCUCAUCACCAGCACCACGGCCAUGUGCUGCAGCCCUGCCCGGUCCCCUCCCACCACUGACCCAGAGGCCACCGGAGGACCUGACGCCACCGCGGUUAAGCCAGAAUCAGUGGCGUCCAAGAGGAAAGCUCAACUCGCCUUCGACAACCCCAUACUGUCCUAUCAGGACGAGUCUCACACACAGCCACGAGUGUUCAAGCUGAAGGGUCUGGAGCGGUGCAAUAGUACACCUCUGUAGAAGAGAUAGAUACCUCCAGUUACAGACCCACAGACUGUUGCCUGCUUACCAAAGUCAAAAAACGUCAACCAUUGACAUAUUUCAGAUCUGUGUGGACCUUUUAACACCUUGGUUUUAAAGCUGUGUAUGUCCAUGCCAUCAUGAGUACAUUUGAGGGUACUGAUGUCCAUUCUUUGCCACAUUUUGUAAAGCAAAAUUAUUUUAUUAUAAAGUGUAUGUACAUUUUUCUAAACUAAUUUAUGACAUUUGUUGUUUGACAUGAUAAACUAACUUAAUUACUAGUUUUCACACAUUUGGUUGGUUUCUAUGGCCCUAAUAAGGUGAGUUUAUUAACUUGAAACGUUUUCCCCCUCUGUUUGGUUUGGCUUCUCACUGGCACAAACCUAAAUACACUAAAAUAUGCACCAAUAAACUACGCAAGCACACUCCGUCCUCUGAUUGGUCAGAGCUGUUUGGCGUUCAUAUUCAAGAACACUGUCCCGGCGGACAGUUCUGGUGGAAACAGGAUAGUUGAGGUGUACAUUGUAUUCUGCCGUGAUUUGGGCAGCCAUGGUUUUAUGUUUUUUGGAUACAAUCUGGGUUAGCACCCAAACAUCCCUUUCAGACAGCUUCCUCUUGCGUCCACAGUUAAUCCUGUUGGAUGUGGUUGGUCCUUCUUGGUGGUAUGCUGACAUUACCCUGGAUACCGUGGCACUUGAUACAUCACAAAGACUUGCUGUCUUGGUCACAGAUGCUCCAGCAAGAUGUGCACCAACAAUUUGUCCUCUUUUGAACUUAGGACUCCCCCUAUCACUAGUGAUGCACCAACACCAGGAGGGUGAAGACUAACACAUGCCUCCGCCGAUACAUGUGAAGUCACUGCCUCUUUUUGAACCGCUGCUGAUGCAGCAUUGCUGAGUAGCAUCACAGCGCACUUGGAGAAAAGUGUAGCAACUCAGUUCUGAUACAUCAACUCACAAAUGCCUUGUGCUGAUCGACAUCACCCUUUGGAGUGAUGAGAGGAGAGAGCGCCAUCUACCCACCCAGAGAGAGCAAGACUUAUUGUGCUCUCAUGAACAGGAUUCGAACCGGCGGACCACUCAGAACUGCUGGACCACUCAGAGCCCCAACUAUGUUGUUUUUUAAAACAUCAUAAAUCUAAUUAAAUUAGAAAUAAGCAGGUAUUUUUCAAAAAAUUUAUAGCUUGAAAUGAUCAAUGUUUACAUUUACAUUUAAAAAUUUUUUUGAAACGGUAAAAAUGGGGCUUUAAUGAAGUGGGUGUUGUCUACAUUAAUCUCACUCCAGUUUUAAUCUUUGGUUUCUCUUAGGUGCUUUAUUUGGUGGUUUGAGUGAUUGGAUUAAUCACUUUUGGAUCAACGUUGCACUAAAAUAUUUCCAAGGCUAAAAUUAGGGUAGAUCUAUAAUCUUGAUUUAUACCUUGGAAACUUUCCAAAUACAGCUCUGGAAAAAAUAAGAGAUUUUGCUAGUUAUAGGUAUAUGUUUGAGUAAAAUAAACAUUAUUUAUUUAUUCUAUAAACUACAGACAACAUUUCUCCCAAAUUCCAAAUAAAAAUAUUGUAAUUUAGAGAUUUUAUUUGCAGAAAAUGAGAAAUGGCUGAAAUAACAAAAAGGAUGCAGAGCUUAGGCCUCAAAUAAUACAAAAAAAAAAAAAACAAGUUCAUAUUCAUACAUUUUUAAGAGUUCAGAAAUCAAUCUAAUUUUAUAUUUGGUGGAAUAACCCUGGUUUUUAAUCAGUUUUUAUGCAUCUUGGCAUGUUCUCCUCCACCAGUCUUACACACUGCUUUUGGAUAACUUUAUGCCACUCCUGAUGCAAACAUUCAAGCAGUUCAGCUUGGUUUGAUGGCUUGUGAUCAUCCAUCUUCCUCUUGAUUAUAUUCCAGGGGGUUUCAAUUUGGUAAAAUCAAAGAAACUCAUCAUUUCA